AUGGGCAAAGGAUUCAUAUUCAUUGACGGCACGAAGUCGGAUAUAUCUACGAAGAGGGCUGCCCGCAGUCAUGCGAUGAGGGAGAAGAAUAUCGGGAAGACACAUCAUCGGGGUUUGAAACCUGCUCGAGGCAAGACUGGCCUGUCAACUUCGCAAGAAAAUGGCGGCAGACGAGACAACGCUUUAUCAUCGCAUGGCUGCCUUGAUAUGACUGAUUCGAUGCUCAUUUGCCGGUCUCUCCCCCCGCUUCUGUCAAUGGACGUCACACCUUGGAGUCUCGAGGUGGCCAAGACAUACUUCACAUCUGUUAUAAUGGCUGUGUAUCCCUCGAAGCUCUGCCUCUCACUAGACCGCAUCAAGUUAUACUGGGUUCGCAUGAUGUUUUUGGAUCAGACCUCCUACCACUGCUCUCUUGCUUUAAUGUCUAUAUUAAACGCCUUUGUUUUUGGCAGGGAGCCGGUGUCAUGGGAGGCCACGUACCAUCUAGGUCAAGCUGUGGCCCUCGUGAAUGAGAAGCUUGAUACCGCAGACGCCUUGUCAAAUUCGAACCUGGCAGUGGUCAAUUUCCUCGUCAUACGAGAUAUAUUCAAAGAAGACGAAGCCAGUGCAAGGAUACAUCUACGAGGGCUGCAGAAGAUGCUGGAAUUGCGCGGUGGCCUCUGCACGAUAGAGGACCGUACCCUUGCUUUGAAAAUAGCCAAAACCGAUAUCGACUUUGCACUUCACUACGGGACCUCAGUUGUUUUAUUCAGGGACCGCAGGGCUCAGGCUGCUAAAGAGUUCGGCCUUGUCGGUGAGGGCUCUAUCUUCUCUAAGCCAUGCUUGGCAGAAGCAAGGCCAGAUCUCCAGAAAAUAAUUCAAGAUGUCAAUAGCCUUGCGUGCUGGUUCAAUAACGAUGACAGCUUUGACGCAGAUCCGGAUGAUCUGCAAGAGAUCAUUGUAUCAGUCGGAUACCGCCUGGUUCUAUUUUGCUCAUUGGGUAGUCCUCCCAUGGAGGGCUUUUUGAACUCGGUAUAUCACAUUGGCCUGGUCGCUUUUCUGACUACUUUAUUUCUGCAAACCGGAGGUAGAAGAUUUCUGAAAUAUCGCCUCGUUGCUCGGCGUUUACGGGAUAUUGUCAAUCGAGGACAGCAUGAGCCAGACAAGAGGCCUCUGUUAUGGCUACUUUUCAUGGGUGGAAUAUCAGUCUUGGAAGAAUCAGACCAGCCAUGGUUACUACAGCGUAUAAAGGAAAUCACUCAGUUGUUAGCUGUUGAUAGCUGGGCGCACAUGCAGAGUAUCCUAUGUUGUUUUCCGUGGAUUCAUCACAUGCAUACUGAGCCUUCUAGACAUCUAUGGGAGAUAGCAGUCUUAUUCUAA